CAAUUGGAAGCCACGUCAAAACGUACGUACUUUUUUUUUUUUAACAAUACUGUUGUAAAUAAACGAAUGACAGAGAGACGCUGCUGAUAGUGAAAUAGCUACCACAAUAUAUAGCUAGCUAACUAUCAAUACGGAUUCCCGUUACUCGACUGUGUAUCAAGGCUGCUGUGGUUACGUUGAUGUCAUUCCCACCCGCCAGUUUGCUGCCAGCCACUAGAGUCAGACUGUGUCGAGCAGCACAGACUCACCGGCUGUGAAUUAUUGUCAUGUCGGAUUUAAAUAAAGAGGUGGUGGAUCUGGUUUGGGGGAGACCCUCUCGUGGAGUUGUGUCAGCCUCCAUCUUCCGUAGAUGGACCCAAGGAUUUGCUUUUUGUGAGAAUGAGCAAACGGCACUGGAGCAGUUUGAAGGAGGUCCGUGUGCUGUCCUUGCACCUGUCCAGGCUUUCCUCCUGAAGAACAUUCUCUUCAACAGAGAAAGUUCAAACUGGAGACAGAUAACAGAGGAGGAGCAGAAAACAGCACUGUGUUCCACGCUAAGUGAAAUCCUUGAGUCUGCUUGCACCAGCCCCUCCACUGGUUUCUGCCUGGUGACUUGGGCAAAAGGACAAAUCCCACAUACUAGCACGCACACCAACACACAGUCGCAAACGCGGGACUUGCCGGCGCCAGAGAGCAGCCAGCCGCCACAGGAACAGCAGCCCACUGCUGAGGACCUUGGUUUUGAGCGAUUUCACAGUGCUCUCCAUAAGCGGACUGUAAUGUCAGUGUCUGGUCUCAGAGAGGAGGUGUUGUCCCUCUACCACACCUGGAGGGGGUGCUGUGGAGUCUUGCUAUUCCUCUACUCUGUCAUUUUAACCAAGGGAAUAGAGAAUAUAAGAAAUGAGAUCCAGGACACAAUGGAGCCUCUCAUAGACCGUGUGCAUGGCCAUGGCAGUCAGAGCUUUGUGAACCUCCUUGUAACUGGCCAUGCUGUUUCUAAUGUCUGGGACGGAGACCGGGAAUGCUCUGGCAUGAAACUGCAUGGUAUUUAUAAACAGGCAUCAGUUGGCUUCCUGACGCUGAUGGAAUCUCUCCGCUACUGCAAGGUCGGGACAUUCCUCAAGUCUCCAAAAUUCCCUAUUUGGAUUCUUGGCAGUGAAACUCACCUCUCUGUGUUUUUUGCCAAGGAGAUGUCCCUGGUAUGUCCAGAGUCUCCAUUGGAACAGGCAAGGAGGGUCUUCCAGUCCUUUGAUCCCGAAGAUAAUGGCUUCAUCCCAGAUUCUCUGCUGGAGGACGUGAUGAAAGCCCUUGACCUUGUCUCCGAGCCUGAAUAUGUCAGUCUGGUGAAGAGUAAACUGGAUCCAGAGAGUUUGGGAAUCAUUCUUCUGGGCCCGUUCCUGUUGGAGUUUUUCCCUGAUCAGGAUUCAGGAAUCCCAGACUCAUUCCCCGUCUACCACUACAAUGGACUUAAACAGUCCAACCACAACGAUAGGGUGGAAUAUGUGGAAGGGACGGCUUUGGUGCUGGGUUUUGAGGACCCCAUGGUUCGGACAGACGACACUCCAGUCAAGCGCUGCCUACAGACCCGGUGGCCCUACAUCGAGCUUCUGUGGACCACCGACCGCUCCCCCUCACUGAACUAGCACUGACACAGUCUGUGUGUUUGUGUACAGACACACACACACACACACACACGCG